AAGUAACUACGUCAUAUGAAUACAGCUUUCCCUAGAUUGCUACUUGUGGUCCUGGGUGAUAAGCUUAGGUAGCUACCUUUCAAGAUGUUAAUAAUGUAAGGACCAUAACAUAAUUUACAGUAGCAGUGUCACGCCGGUUAGAUGCACAAUCAAACCGGGCAUACAUACCGUAGUGCGUUUGUAUAACAGAAACGUCUUCAGUAAGAAGUGUAUGCUAGCUAGCAUAUUAACCUAGCCAUGUGGAGUACCAGCCGACGUGCCCUUCAGGGUUUGGUGCGGGAUUUAUCACAUUCCCAUGUUCAAUGUUUUUCACAAACGGCAUGCAAGAAUACAGUUGUGGUUGAACGUUGGUGGCAGGUUCCGCUGUCCAAAGAGGGUCGUCCGCCCAGGCUACACCCGCGGCGACAUCGUGUUUACAAAGUAGUGGAGGACACCAAACAUGCGCCUAAAGAGAAGAUGGAGCUCAUUCUUACACAGACUGUUAAAAAGCUCGGUGGUCGAGGAGACACGGUGAUCGUAAAGAAAUCUUUAGGGCGCAACAAGCUUUUGGCUGAAGGCCUGGCAGUGUACCCAUCACCAGAAAACAAAGAUAUGUUUUCUGAGGAAUUGAGACUUUUACGGGAGGGGAAAGUGGAGGACAGAAUUCAAACACGCACAGGGCAAAUGACUGUGGAAUUCCUGAAGAACAUGGAGUUGAAAAUCACAAAGCAAAUGUCUCUUGAUUAUGUGAUCACCUCAGAGAUCGUCCGCAGGCAAUUUCUUAAGCGAGGUAUAGUCGUGCCUCCUCAUGCUCUGAGACUCCCAGACGAGCCCAUCAAAGACCUGGGAGAUUACUGGUGCGAGGUCACGGUCAACGGGAUAAACACUGUGCGGAUUCCCAUGUCUGUGGUGCCCUUUCAAGGCAGCCCCAGGGGGCUUAAACUUCUGAUAAAGCAGCAGGAAGACGAACCAGAGGCAGGUGUUGUGGCUGCUUCGGAGGCAGGUGUGGCAGCGGUUUCAGAGGCAGGUGUUGCAGCUGCUCCAGAGGCAGGUGUUUCAGAGGCGGUUUCAGAAACUUUUGCAGGUUUAGUUCCAGAGGCAUCAGCAUCGGCACCAGAGACAGCAGUAGCACCAGUAGAGGCAGCUCCUACUGUUCCAGAGGCAGUUCCUCCUGCUCUAGAAGCAGCGGCUCCAGAGGCAGCAGCAUCAGCAGCUCCAGAGGCAGCAGCAGCUCCAGAGGCAGCAGCAGCUCCAGAGGCAGCAGCAGCUCCAGAGGCAGCAGCAGCUCCAGAGGCAGCAGCAUCAAUGGAGGCAGCUCCUGCUGCUCCCAAGCCUUCAGCCACCACGUCAGAAACAGCAGCAGGUCCCGACGCAAACAAGGAAGUCAAAGACAAACCAGACAAGUAGGCCUGUCUACUGCCUGUCCAUCAAAGACUGCUGAAACUAGCAACACGUUACUGUCUACAGAGCUGUGUUCCUCCACACAGAAAUGGGUUUGCUGUACAUCAUAAUAAAUAGCACAUGUGAAUCUAUUCUUAUUACAAUAUAGGUUUGUAUUUAUUUUCAUUUCAAACUGUCAAACAAAGAAAUAAACCCAUUUCUACAGGUU